CAAAAGGUAAUCAUGAAUGGAAUGAAAGGAAAACUCGUGAAGAGGUUGAAAUCAAUCCCAAGAGUUCUUCAGGUGAAGCCACAAGAUCGUCUUCUUCUUCAGGUGAACGCAUCAGAUCAUGGGUACGUCGAAAACAUUCCAAACACGUCGGUUGUCAAAUUCCACAAGCAAACAGAGAAGAAGAAGAACAACAACAACAUCGAUGAGCAACAACUGCCUGAUGUUAUCGACGUCGAUGAGCUUAUGAGAGACCUCCUCACAGAUGACUCUGAGGAUGAAAUCGACGACGACGACAAAGAGAACUUUGCGCCAAGAACGAAGACAAAUGUUCCAGUUUCUUCUGUGGAGUCUAAGUUGAUGCAGAGUAAAGCUACUUUCCCAGAUUCUGACGCAGUAACGCUGCCGGAAAAACCUUUAUCGGAGAUUGACAUCUCGUCUUUCCGGCGACCGGACAUAUAUUCCGGGACCCUCUUCGACCCGGGGCUACUGGCCGCCUUUCGCCAAGCCGUAACUGAGUGCAUGAAAUGGAGUGAAGCCGAGAGAAUAGCAAGAACAACAGAGGCCCAAAAUGAGAUUGUAAACAAUGAAACAGAGCCGGAGCCGGACCCUUUAUUGCCCUUCGAAGAGAAACAUCCGCCUGGGAGCUUUGAGUCAGUGAUUCUCUACACCACAAGCCUUCGAGGGAUCCGAAAGACCUUCGACGACUGCAACAGCAUCCGGUUUCUGCUAGAGAGCUUCCGGGUUGUGUACUUCGAGCGAGAUGUGUCGAUGCACAUGGAGUUUAGGCAAGAGCUUUGGAACAUUUUGGAUUCCAAGUCGGUUCCUCCCAAGCUUUUCAUUAAGGGGAGAUACAUUGGGGGAGCAGAGGAGGUUCUGGCGCUUCAUGAGCAAGGAAAGCUGCGGCCGCUCCUCGCAGGAGUGCCGUUGGAUCGAUCAGAGGGGCCGUGUCAAGGUUGCGCCGCGGUUCGGUUUGUGGUUUGUUUCAAGUGCAGUGGAAGUCAUAAGCUCAUUGCCGAAGAUGGGGAGUCGAAUGUGUGCCCGCAGUGUAAUGAAAAUGGGUUGAUCAUGUGCCCUUAUUGCUGCUGAACAUGAAACCAGGUUCUUACUGUUACUGUCAUUCUUGUUGUACUAGUUCCUUUUGUGUGUAUCUUCACCAUUUGAUUUUGUUUUGAUUUUGAGUUUUUGGUUAUAUUGAUAUGUUAAUAGACCAUAUAUUCUUUCAAUUCUUUUACGAAGUUUGUGGACUUGUCCCAGAUUCACUGUGUAAAAUCUUAAUAAAUAUAUUGAUCCUUCUUUCUGUC